AUGUCGGGAAGCGUUGGUUCAGGACUUCCUUACAACCCACCAGGUCGAAGACGUGGUCUGAGCGGACUCGACAUCGAGACCAAAAUUGGAGGUCGCUCCGCGCUCAUCUCCAAGCUAGUGGCUUUCAUGAAAGACACUGUGUACAAGACUCGUAUCCCUUCUGUCACGAAACGUCGAACUUGUCUCCAGCAUUUCAUGCGCACGGAGUUCAACUUUGGGGUCUCACCAUUAAGAACAGCGCAAGGUGCUCUCCAGGAGGACGGGACGUGCUACGCCGCCUCGGAGAAUGACUAUGAAUGGAACGACCCUGAGCAGCCAUUCAUUGAAAUUGACGACGACAAUGAUGAAGAAGAGGAGCAGACGAAGACGAGGACGAGCACGAGAGCGAGAAUUAAACGAGGACGAGGUUAUCUACGAAAAUACAAGAGAUGGAGCCACUACCACUACAUUGCAUGUUUUGUGUUUGUUUAG